AUGGAUGCUAGUGCCGCUGAAGCUCGUCGACAGAGGUUACUUGCCAAAAAGAAAGAAAGGGAGGUUGAGAUCUUAAAUAAUAAUAGGGAAGAGAGAAUCCCUGCUGCCUUGUUAGGUUUUCAAAAACAUGAAAAUUCAGAAAUUAACAACAAUACUGAAGGAAAAAUAGAUGUCAAUAUAACCCAAGGAGAAAAAGAACCCAAACAGGAAGAGAAAACUGUUAAAAAUGAAGAACAAAUCCCAUUGAAGGCAAAAGAAAGUGAAUAUAUUAUUCAACUUAGGAAAGAAGUUAAAAAAGACGAUUCGAAAUUCACAAGAACAAAAACUCAAGAAGAAAGACGAAAUGAUGGUUAUACAAAUUUGGCCCUUCAUCCAAAAAGCAAAAGAAAUAUACCCCAGCUCAAAAAUAUGAUAUUUAUACCUACUUUGUUACUGCUAUUUUAG